UAUAUCUUCUUUGGAGAAAUGUCGAUUCAAGUCCUUCACUGUUUGGAUUUUUGUUUUUGUUUGGUUCGUGUGUGUGUGUGUGUGUGUGUGUGUGUGUGUGUGUGUGUGUGUGUGGUUUGUUUUUGUAUUUGAGACAAGGUCUCUCCAUGUACCCCUGGCUGGCCUAGUACUCAUUCUGUGGACCAAGCUAGCCUUGAACUUGUAUUAACUCCUAACUAGACAAGAUUUUCAAAUACCAUCUCUCAUUUUUCAGACCUUUCUACUCUGAUGAUAAUGUCCCUUUUUGCGCAAAGAUUAUUAGUUUUGAUGAAAUCAAGUGACUCCAUUUUAUUUAGUGUCAGAGUGGCACUAAAUAGUGUCAGGGUUGGUUAAUCACAAAUAUCCAAUCCACUUAAUUGCAAAUGUAUCCAAUGUCUUUCUUGGAUGAGAAAAAGUUCGUCAGUUCACGUAAAAGAAGGUCUGGGUCUGACCCAGCGAGACCCAGCAAUCACAUCACAUUCUCUUUUUCCAUCCUUUCUCUUACCUUCCACUGGGUUCCUACACACUCACUUAAGUUCUUCCCAGAAGCACCAAGCUGUCACAGUCCUCCCAGCUGAUAACGUAGGAGAAAAGAAAGAAAGCCUUCCGUUCUGGGCACAUAAAAACUCUUGAGGCACAGUCUAACUGAUUACCUCCAAAGCAAUAACUAUGAGGAGUUUGGAGGGAUGUUCCGAUUGGUCAGCUCUGGAUCAGGUGGAGUAGGAUUACUCCUGAAUAGGAAGAGCCACUGGACAGGCAGACAUUCCUCCCCAGAAGGUACGUAAGAAGCUGAUGGGCAUCUCAGGUUGGUCAAGGGGCUCUGCUUCAGAGGACAACCCUCAUGUUGGACUUCCCAUGGAUGUAGGGAGAUUCCUUCUAGUUGGUCCUGAAGACUCCCUGGAGGAGGCAGCUCCUCUGGAGAUCCGUAACUGAUAAAGGGUGAGCCCAGGGCUGAUUUCUCCGCCUUCCCAGACCCUCCUCAGCGCAGCUGUGCGCUGUAGUGAUGUGGACUCGGAGUUCAUAGCCAGUAGUCCUUCCUCUGUCUGUACUACCUUGAGCUAACUAACCUCUCUGUGUAUUGCUUUCUCAUCCCGAGGAGAUAAUGACCAGUUCUAUCUCACAGGGUCUUUAUGAGGCUCGAAUGGGCACACAUAAGCUCCAAUCGUCUGUCUCAUGGUCGUCACUAGCCCUGCCUUUUCUACCCAUAGUUUCGAGCACACUGGCAUCUCCUGCUCUGCUCGACACCUUCAAGGGCCUCAUCCGGCCUCUGCCCCCUCUGUUUACAGAGCCUGAGAUGCCCAUGAUCUCCUGAUUCGCUCGGCUCUUUCCUUGCCGCUUGCUCCUUGGUGAGGCUUCUCUGUCUGCAGAAUCCCUUCCUGCUUAAGUCUCCUGAAGGACCCAGACACUGAUGUCUGCUUAGAAUUAUGGGAAGUGUCCCCGUCCACACUGAGCUCCUGAGGGGGACGGGACCUGGUUGUCCUAGCCAUGCAUUUUUUUCCCCCAGUGGGAGCCUGCCAGCUAUCACUAUGAGAAGAGCAGGCUAGGGACGGAAACCGUGCUGGCCAGGGAGCAAAGGAGAGCACAGCUGGCCCCAGGAAAUGAGCAGAUCGGGGUUGGGGAGGUUGCGUGUGAGAGGCAGGGUGGGUCGGUGCUAAGAAGAGAAGUCAGCAGGCCUGGGUUCUGUGGAACUUGACUCUGGGAAGCUAGCAAGGACAAGGAAGACCUGAGGAGGUCCGGAUUUUGCUGAGCCAGGUCUGCUGGUUUGUGGAAAGAGGAUGAGCUGACAAAUGAAAACACAGAGGAGGAGCAGAGCUUGGGAGCUGGUGUGGGACAGCCUCAACUCUCCCAACAAGGAAAAGGCAACCAACAGGCUCCAGUCUACUAGCCUCUUCUUGGGAGGAUGGAAGGAUUUUUUUUUUUUUAACAGUGUCUCAUGUAGACCAGGCUGGCCUCAAUCUCACUGUGUAGCUGAGGAUGAUACUGAACUCUGGAUCUUCCUGGGUCUACCUCUUAAGUGUUAGGGUUACAGAUGGAACCACCAUGCACAGCUUAUAUGGUGCUAGGGACUGAACCCAGGGCUUCACGAAUGCCAGACUACCUUACCAACUGAGCUGAUCCCGACUGAAAUAGUCACUCUCUUCCACAUGCCAUUCCAUAGAUUCUCUCGACCCCUCCCUCACCCUGCAUAGGUCCAGAUUAAGCAAAGACUAGAUAUUCGGGGACUUGGUCAAGUUUGUAGGCUCCAAGACCAGAGCACAUAUCCCCACCCCGAGGGCUGGGAGAUGCAGGACCAGGACACCGCAUAGCUGAGUCCUGUUGAUGAGACAUCCCACUCCAACUGGCUGGGUGUGACCCUGAGUUCCACCACCCAAGAAGAAACCAGACCAGAUCCACAGCACUCUGGAACAGAUGGCACAUGGUUCCUUCCUGUUUUGCUCUGUUCGGCCUGGCAUUGCAGAGACACAGCCCAUCAUGGGAGGGAAGUGCCUCUUGGGAGCCAAGCUAGAUGCCAGAGCCAGGCCUAGGGGCCAGAGCCUGCUCCCAUUUGAACUCUGCCCUGUCUAGCUGAAUGUCUUUGGGGUUCAUUUGUCUGCUGCCCUGACACCCACCCCAGCAAGCACAUGGCCAUGCUGUCCCCGAACCAAGUGCCUGGCUUCCUUUGGGCUCAGUUUCCUGUCCUGCAAAAGUGGGCACAAUGAGAACUCAUGAGUUCUAAGGGCAUCUCUCUGCUGUCAUAGGCGGAUGAUCCACAUGGGCCUGAGCGGGGGACCAAGUCCUGGAAUCUUCCAAGUUCGCAGAAACCUGAACCAGUACCUUGCUUUUCUGGGAGCGGGGAGCCAGAUCAAAGCAGUGGGAGUGGGGAUGGGACUCGAGGUGCGAAGGUACCUACAGGGUGACUGAGGUGCUUCCGAAGGGUACCACAGAGUCACCUGGUCCCAGAGGUCCUGCUGCCUCCUUUCUUUCUUUCUUUCUUCCUUCUUUUUUUUUUUUUUUUCAAGACAGGGUUUCUCUGUGUAGCCUUAGCUGUCCUAGAACUCACUCUGUAGACCAGGCUGGCUUCAAACUCACAGAGAUCCGCCUGCCUCUGCCUCGAGAGUGCUGAGAUUAAAGGCCUGCGCCACCAUGCCCACCCAGUCUAGCUGCCUCUUUCUAAAGUUUCCAUUUCCCUCCUAUAGGGUCCGGGCAGGGGCUGGGCCCUUUCCUGGAAGCUGUGGGAGGAGUGCUUCUGCCCCCCACCCCCUCGCCCCACAUCUGCUUAAGUGGUGCUGGGAUCUGUCAAACCACAGUCACCUGCAGCCUCUGAGCCCCUCAACCCUCCAGGCUGGCCGGAUCAUGUUGGAGGUUUCUUUAUGAGCUCCUCAGUCUCAUCUCACCGACCUCAUCUAGGGGACGGGGCGCCUGCUGUUCCUCCUCACUGUGCCCUGUGCUUGGCCACAGGGCUGUGAGAAGUGGGUGCACACAGGAAGUGGAGGGCUCGCCCACAAGUAUGACUAUGAGGGAGGAAGAGGCACAGCUGGAGAGACAAUAUGAGGUCAAUGGAGAACUGUAGCUGAAAGGGAAGUGCUGGCUGAGGGUAAGGAACCAGCAUGGCGGGGAGCUAAGGCGGGGAAGGGUAGGAGGAGGCAUGGCGCCGCAGGACUGCGGGGGAUGAGGAAAGAAAGGAGCAGAUGGCUCAUUAGGUGGCAGGAAGUUGAAGCUGGUCCAUUUGAGGUCUGCUGGGAUUGAAGAUGUAGAAGUGAGAACAGAGAUAAAGCAGGCCUAGAAGAGAGAGGAGUGAGCUCAUGCCAGAUCAGGCAAAAGGUUGAAGAACCAGCACGGGGGCGGAGACAGCGGGACCCAAGUCACGUGCUCUAGCCGUGCUUAGCAAGGUGUGAGGCUGAACCAGCCUGAUGGUGCCAUGCUUGAGGGAUACCAACUCACUAGCUGUGUACACGCAGGUCUGGGUCCUGGGGUGGGGUGCAGGUGGCAGAGGCCAGAGUGCUACUGCACCAGAGACUGGAUCAGAGGCCCCACACAGAAGUGGUGAUCAUGUAAAGCUAGAAGCUGGGACCACUGGCUGAGCAGACAGAAGCCAGUCUGGGUGCCUGGAAGAGAUUCAGAUUAGAGAGGAGAGGCCUAGAGACGGCAGAGGGCAGGGCAGAGGACCGAGGCAGGCAGGCAGCCUCUUCCCCACUUCAGCUCCAGCCGGGACUCUUCAUAUCCCAAACUGCUCAUAAAGCCAGACAGAAACAGCUCCAGGAGUAGCCUGUACAUGCACCUCAUCUCUGCUGCUCCCGAUCCCCCAAACCACACACUGUAAGUCAAAUGGCUCGCUGCACGAAGUUCAAGCCAAGUUCCCUGCUUCCUCAGCAGAUUUCUGCUCCUAAGGUACUUGUGUACAGGUACUUGGGCCACUCCUGGAAUUCAGUCCUCCCAAAAAUACUGCGCACCUACUGUAUGCCAGGCACUGUCCCAGGACACAAAGGAAAGGUGAAAACCUGGUAGUACAUCCCAGUGGAGAAGGAAGUCAACAAAUAAGAGAACGGUUGUUCAAAGAUGGCGCGCGCAGCCAAGCACAGUAAUGCACACGUGGAAUCCAAGCACAUGAAAAGCUAAGGCAGGAGGAUCACCACGAGUUCCAGGCCAACCUCAGACACCUACAAAACCCUCUCCCACCUACAUGGGUGGGCCCCAGGCCAGUGAGGUUCACAGUGGAGGUUGAGAGCUGUUUGAUGGAAGGAGAUGUCCUGACCUCUCUGGUGCUGGGACUCCAAGACCUAGGACCAUGCCUGGAACACAGUCUCACGCCUCCCAGCUUUGACAGCCCUACAAAAACCCUUCUCCUUCUCAACCAUUCAUCAAAACUCCCACCUGGACUUCCAGAUGCCCAGUGGGGGAGUCUCACCACCCCUGAGGUGGUCACACACUCGUCUCACACGGGCGAGUCACUCUUCCGCAUCCUCCAGGCUCUGAAAUGAGGGCUCCUCCAGAAACACCUGCAUGGCAGGCAAGUGCUAGGCCCGAGCCAUCUCUGUUCCAUCACCACCCGAAGCCUGGCUACUGGAGGAUGGACAGGUCUGCAGCACUCGUGGUCUGCAGCCAACCGCAGUCCUUACAGCUGAGCAGCAGGCACUCACUGGGUCCUGAAGUCACUGAGUCCACAGAGAGAGGAAGGGAUGGGAGAGCCUGGGGUCCAGGCACAGAGCAGGGUGCCUCCCACACCAGCUCCAGGGCCAGCCUUUAUUGGAAGUGCUGGGUGGAGGCAGUGGUCCCAGAAAGAGGGCUAUGGACCAAAGUAAGCAAAGGAAGGGGCCCCAGACCCAGGCUGCAGCUGCUUCUUCAUGCUCAAAAUGGAGCUUUCGGUUCCACUUGGUCCCUGCUGGGCAGAGGGGGAAGGGGAAGUAAAAGAGAGAAGAGAAAGCAGAUCCCUGUCCCCCUGCAGUCCUGUGCUGGGUUUACCAGCUGUAGCCUGGUGGGAUCAGAACUGUCCUAAUAGGGAUUCUGUCCCUUGUCCACUGUCCUCCAGGUGCCGGGGACUGGUAUCAGGAACCAGCCUCAGGCUGGCUGGAGGUAGGCUCCAAGGCACUCAGGCUGGAUGCCACGCAGAGUCAGGGCUGGGUGGUGCCUGGAGAGGGCAUAAUGUCUCUGUAAGGAAGGGAACAUGCUACCAUAAGUUUCUCAGACUCAGAGAGGGUGGAUAGCUGGCCCUAAGCCACACAGCAGGCUGAUGGUGGGUCUCAGCCUGACUCAGAAGAAGGAAGCCAAGUCUUGACCCCACCAUCCUGUACCUCUGCUGCUAAAUUCAUGGGGCUGGGGUACAGCAAGUGGGUUUCCUGGCAGGGAGGCAGUCGAAAGCUUGGAAGCCUCGUCACAGGUCCAGCAGCAGCAGGGCAUUGCUGGUAGGUGGUGACUCAAGCUUCCAGCUCCCGCCCCUGUCCCACAGGCUUCCUCGUCCCUCUAGAUGUGGAGGGUCAGUCAAAGGGCAUCCUGAGACCCCAGGAUCUAGGUAGCACCAAGAGCACAGAGUCACUUCUUCCUGGUGUUGGCAUUCAGUCGAUGAUGCAGCAGAACUGUCCUCAUAGUUGUGAUCUGGACUAAGAAAAGGAAGCAAGUAGAGGUUGUCCCUCGGUGGGGUGAGGGGCUGCAGUGUUUCUGCUGGUGGUACACCCAGGUGCCUGGGGUAGAGAUGGGUGGAAGAUGCCUGGCAUCAGGGCGAUACUCCUGGCUGGACACUCAAAUGGCUGCUGUGAGGCACAUCGAGAGGGUGAGGAUCAGACAGAGGCCUGAGCCUGUUGGGGUGUAUAAAUAGGAGGAAACCUGAGGAGGGCCAGAGGAACAGGGCUAGGGACGUGUCCCGGGCUUGCUCAGUGCCAGCCUGACGGGAGGUCCCCGAGGCACCAGCCUUGUCCUCGUCAGCUGUCCACCAGCGCCAUCUCAUGGCUGCAGGCUCUCAUUGCAGGGAUGACUCCCGUCACUGGAGGAGCCACAACCACUUAGAGGUGUGACCCAAGUUUUGCCCCAGGACCAGCACCCCAUUUUCCUUAGGCCUUCAAAGUGGCCUCAACUCUGACUGACCCUGGGUCACAGGAGACAGUCCUGGGAACACCACAAGAAGCUAGCUACUGGGAAGAAGGACAGAUCACCGAGCCUGCUGGAUCUCCUGGCACACACACACACAAAUAAACCAUAGGUGCCCAAUUUGUACACAGCUGGCCAAGUGUUUACCUGCAGCUCAAUCAUGAUCUCACUUUGGUUCAAAGUGUUGGCUCCCCCUUGGUUCCAUAGUCCUGUGAAGUGGGCUUGGGGUAAGCUAGUGCCCGGAUGACCUCUACAUUCUAGAAGCUUCUCUACAAGUGACAGGGUAAUAAGUCCUGUCUAUGGUAUUCCGACAUGCAGGUGGCAACUCUGACAUUCUAGCCAGCAGCUGAGAGAGGCAGAUGGGCGUGGGAGGGGAGCAGGAUGUAAGCCCUGCCCCCACUUACCAGCUCGGCACUCAUUCCCUGCCCCGCCCUACCCCCACCGACUUGCCUCAGUGGCUCCCCACCGGAGCCCAUCUUCAGGUCACCUUCUCUGAAUGCUGCCUCCACCCUGAAGAACAGUGAGAAGUCACUUCUCACCCUCCAGUUGUUCCAACAGCUCCAUUUCUGUGCCCAUCACCACCCCCACUCUCACAAGCCUGGGUCUUUGUAUAGAAGGGACUGUGACUGCUAUGGGGGAUGUGAGGGGAAUUGAUGGCAUACAGUAGGUGCUUAACAAAGGCUUGUGGCAAAAAGGACAUGUGGGAAGGAAAGCGUGAGAAGUAGCUGGGUAAGCAAGUUCCUAAGUGGAUUGCCAUCUCGAGAGAGGCACUGACAGGAAUGUCAGUAGAUGACCUACCAAGUGAGUGGAUGGAGGAUGAGUACAGGAGUGCAGGAUCAGAGAAGUGAAUGGAUUCCUGGUGACCCAGGUGUGGCAGCUAAGGGAAGGACCAGGAACUGCCAUAACCCAUCUGCCCAUUUAACAGAUGAGAACACUGAGGGAGAGCUGGGUGGAAGGCAUCUGCUGGGUCUGUAGGGCUGGGUCUGCUCACCCCCCAUCCCUCUUUCUGUUGCCUUGUCCCCUCCUCCCACGGCUGGAGAGUUCUGGGAAGGAUGCCUUUUGUUUGGCUCUUUUUUCCUCCAGUCUGUUUCCGCCAGGCUAAGGUGUGGGGGGUGGCAGGGAGGUGCUCCCCCCCAGGGCUAUUUCAGUCAGAGCCAGCAGGGUCAGGAAGCAGAGGAAGCUGUCCAAAGUCACUUCAGAGAUGCUACAGAGUGGCUGAGGACAGGAGCGUGGGCAGACCCGUGUCUGAGGGUCCUUUGCCCCAACACACUUGGUACCAUUGACCUGAGAUGGUAAUGAGACGCUGCCUGUGAGUAUCUGUGUCUUGAGGAAACAGGCCAGUAAGGGGUGGGACAGUAAGGGGUGGUUGGACACCUUGGCAAGCUGGGUGGGGUCUGCUCAGCCGGGGACUCAAAGGAGGGAUGCCAUGGGCUCAUGAGUUUGGGGGUGCUUAGGUUAUGGCUAACAGAGGUGAACUAGGAGCGAGCGCAUCUGUGAAAAGAUCAGCAAAGAUGGACAGGCCAGAGAGGAUGCUAGGUCUCAGCUGCACUGGCCGUUGGGAACAGUGGGAUGAGUGAGGAAGAGCAGGAAUGAGGGGAGUGUGGCGAGGACUUGGGGACCUUCAGCCACAGCCAGAGGAAUGAUGAGGGAUUUGAACACCAGGGGCAGAGCUGAGGUGUUUCCUGAGAGCAGAGGAACCUCUUAAAAGGUUCCUACUGCAGGCAGCAUGGCUGGAGUCCAGAAAAAAGCUGGGAUUUGAGCUAGUCGAGGACUUAGGGUCUGAGAGUGGAUGGCAGAUAUGACAGCCAACAUCAGUUGCUGUUCACGGUUGGGGUCAAGGGAACCCUCCCACUAGUCACCACCCCAGGAGAGGGAACACUCAGCUCCCUUGGUCCUCAGAGACAGCGCGGAGUAUCAUCGGGGAGUGGAUGAUGCCCGAGGUCUACUCAAAGGUCUUUUCUGCAGCUCUUGCUCCUUCCAAGGAGAGAGUCUUAGAAAGACCAGUCUCCCCAGAGGCUGGAGAAACAAGAGGUCACUACAGUUUCCUCCAUGUGUGGUCAGAGAACCACAGGCCCCCCUAAGGAAGGACAGGAAGACAGCCACUUCCACCCAUGCCUGUCCCACUCUGUCCCUACCUGGGCUGUCCUUCCUCCUACUAAUGAAAACCCUCCUCAGCCACCAGGAUCUUCAUUCUCUUGGGAAAGCUUUUUAUUUACUUAUUUAACAUUCACAUCUAGUUUCCAUUUCUAAUGCUUGGCCAGUUUGGCUUCUGAUUGGUUCCAUCUCUGUGAUGCUUGGCCAGCCUGGAUCCUGAUUGGUUCCCCCUUGAGAACUGGAGUUUCACUCUGGCCACCAGGGACUACCACCAGUUUUGUUGUUGUUUGUUUGUUUAUUUUUAUAAUUUUUGUGUGUUUUUGCCUGUUUUUGUGUCUGUGUGAGGGUGUCCGAUCCCCUGGAACUGGAGUUACAGACAGUUGUGAGCUGCCAUGUGGGUGCCGGGAAUUGAACCUGGAUCAGUGCUCUUAACCACUGAGCCAUCUGCAUGGGUGCUUGUGCAUGUUCAUGUGUGUGCAAAUACCAGAGGCAUUGGACCCUUUGAAGCUGGAGUUACAGAGAGCUGUGAGCCUCCUGAUUUGGGUCCUAGAGCAGUAGUGAAUGACAUGAACUGCUCUAGCCUCCCCCCCCACCCGCUAAGGUCAACUGGGAGGAAGUUUCCUUAGCACCUGAGUCACCUCUCUGGGUUCACAGAUAAGCUGAGACCGAAAGAACGAUGGCUCUGAAGGUGGAAUUCAGGCUGAGGACGCUGGCGUUUCCCUCGGGGAGCUCUCGGGGUGUGCACUGUCCACAGGGGUAAACGAAGAGCCACCAGAGCACCUUGUCCUGGACCCAAUCUGCCUUGAAGACGCGGAGGAACACCAAACCUGGUACUUCCUCCUAAAAGGUCUUCGAUCUGCAUGAGACAGCUUCUCCCAGCAUAGGAAAAGCAGUUGGGCAGUUAUGGAGCAGGACAAUGGCACCAUCCAGGCGCCUGGCUUGCCGCCCACCACGUGCGUCUACCGUGAGGAUUUCAAGCGGCUGCUGCUACCCCCGGUAUACUCAGUGGUGCUGGUGGUCGGCCUGCCACUGAACAUCUGUGUCAUCGCCCAGAUCUGCUCAUCCCGCCGGACCCUGACCCGUUCAGCUGUGUACACCCUGAACCUGGCACUGGCAGACCUGCUGUAUGCCUGCUCCCUGCCCUUACUUAUCUAUAACUACGCCAGAGGGGACCACUGGCCCUUCGGAGACCUGGCCUGCCGCCUCGUGCGCUUCCUCUUCUAUGCCAACCUACACGGUAGCAUCCUGUUCCUCACCUGCAUUAGCUUCCAGCGCUACCUCGGGAUCUGCCAUCCCCUGGCCCCCUGGCACAAGCGUGGGGGUCGCCGCGCUGCCUGGGUGGUGUGUGGAGCCGUAUGGCUGGCUGUCACAACUCAGUGCCUGCCCACAGCCGUCUUUGCUGCCACGGGCAUCCAGCGCAACCGCACUGUCUGCUACGACCUGAGCCCACCCGUCCUUUCCACCCGCUACCUGCCCUAUGGCAUGGCUCUCACGGUCAUCGGCUUCUUGCUGCCCUUCACAGCCUUACUGGCCUGCUACUGUCGCAUGGCCCGCCGCCUGUGCCGUCAGGAUGGCCCAGCAGGACCUGUGGCCCAAGAGCGGCGCAGCAAGGCGGCCCGUAUGGCUGUGGUGGUGGCGGCUGUCUUCGCCAUCAGCUUCCUGCCUUUCCACAUCACUAAGACAGCUUACUUGGCUGUGCGGUCCACGCCUGGGGUCUCUUGCCCUGUACUGGAGACCUUCGCAGCGGCCUACAAAGGCACUCGGCCCUUUGCCAGUGCCAACAGUGUACUGGACCCUAUCCUCUUCUACUUCACACAGCAGAAGUUCCGGAGGCAGCCCCAUGAGCUCCUGCAGAAGCUCACAGCCAAGUGGCAGAGGCAGAGAGUCUGAGGCCCCAGGGCAGACCCCGAGGCACUGGCAGCCGCAUAUUUGCCAUUGGUACCAUGGUGCCAGAAGCUUUCCCCACAACCCCAAACCAUACAAACAGUAAAACUUGGUUCAACAGGCCUGGAUCUGGCCCUCAAGAAGUUCUACAUCGACCACAAAGCUAAGACACCGAUGUCUCGGGGGCUGGUCAAUUCAUGCUUGUUAUCCCAGAACUCAGGAAGCUGUCACAGGAGGGUAACAAGCUCCAGGCCAGCCUGGUCUGUGCGGUGAAGCCCUGUCUCAGACAAUCAAGAGUUGGAGCUACAGCUCAAUAGCACAUAACUGGAGUGUGCUAGCCCCUGGGCUUAAUCCCUAACACUGCAAAAUCCAACAAAGGUCUUCUCCCCAACCUUUCUUGUUUACAAGGUGGAGGGGACUGCUGGUGCACGAUCACAAACGUGAAGGCAAGGUCUUGAUCUCUGGGACCCACUUCUUACAAGGAGGAAGAAGCUGGGGGAAGCUCGUGUUCCCAUCCACUUGCCAAAACUUUCGCGUAGGAGAGAUAAAUAAAUGUGAUUUUGUGGG